ACCUCCCGCCCGCCUCCCGGCAGCCUCCCGAGCGGCAGAUCGUGGUGGGCAUCUGCGCCAUGACCAAGAAGUCCAAGUCCAAGCCCAUGACCCAGAUCCUGGAGCGCCUCUGCAAGUUCCACUACAUCACCGUGCACAUCCUGGGCGAGGACGUCAUCCUCAACGAGCCCGUCGAGAACUGGCCCCCCUGCGACUGCCUCAUCUCCUUCCACUCCAAAGGCUUCCCCCUGGACAAGGCCGUGGCCUACGCCGAGCUCCGGGGGCCCUUCCUCAUCAACGACCUGGACAUGCAGUACUACAUCCAGGACAGGCGGGAGGUGUACCGGAUCCUGCAGGAGGAGGGAAUAGACCUGCCCCGCUAUGCUGUUCUCAACCGGGACCCUGAUAAGCCAGCUGAGUGCAACCUUGUGGAGGGGGAGGAUCAUGUGGUCGUGAAUGGGGCUGUGUUCCCCAAGCCCUUUGUGGAGAAGCCUGUCAGCGCUGAGGACCACAACGUCUACAUUUACUAUCCCACCUCAGCUGGAGGGGGCAGCCAGCGCCUUUUCCGCAAGAUUGGAAGCCGGAGCAGUGUGUACUCCCCAGAGAGCAGCGUACGGAAAACAGGAUCUUACAUCUAUGAGGAGUUUAUGCCCACGGAUGGCACAGAUGUCAAGGUGUACACUGUUGGCCCCGAUUAUGCCCAUGCAGAAGCCCGGAAGUCCCCCGCCUUGGACGGGAAGGUUGAGCGGGACAGCGAAGGGAAGGAGAUCCGCUACCCAGUCAUGCUUUCGGCCAUGGAGAAGCUGGUGGCCAGAAAGGUGUGCCUGGCCUUCAAGCAGACUGUGUGUGGUUUUGACCUCCUGCGAGCCAACGGCCACUCCUUUGUUUGUGAUGUUAAUGGGUUCAGCUUUGUGAAGAACUCCAUGAAGUAUUAUGACGACUGCGCCAAGAUCCUCGGGAACAUCAUCAUGCGUGAGCUGGCCCCCCAGUUCCAGAUCCCCUGGUCCAUUCCCACAGAGGCUGAGGACAUCCCCAUCGUGCCAACGACUUCAGGGACCAUGAUGGAGUUGCGUUGUGUGAUUGCGGUUAUACGGCAUGGUGAUCGCACACCCAAGCAGAAGAUGAAGAUGGAGGUGAAACACUCCCGGUUCUUUGAAUUGUUUGAGAAAUACGAGGGCUACAAGACAGGGAAGCUGAAGCUGAAGAAGCCCGAACAGCUGCAGGAGGUGCUGGACAUCACCCGCCUGCUGGUGCUGGAGCAGGAAGCUCCUGAGGACUCUGAGGCUGAAGAGCAGAAGUCCAAACUGGAGCAGCUCAAAUCCGUGCUGGAGAUGUAUGGACACUUCUCUGGCAUCAACCGCAAAGUGCAGCUGACCUACCUUCCUUACGGGCACCCCAAAGCGUCCAGUGAAGACGAAGAUGCCCGUAAGGCGGCCUCUCCAUCUCUGCUCCUGGUGCUGAAGUGGGGGGGUGAGCUCACCCCCGCAGGGAGAGUCCAAGCAGAAGAGCUGGGCCGGGCCUUUCGCUGCAUGUACCCUGGAGGUCAAGGGGACUAUGCCGGCUUCCCUGGGUGUGGCCUGCUGCGGCUGCACAGCACCUACCGCCAUGACCUCAAGAUCUAUGCCUCCGAUGAGGGCAGAGUCCAGAUGACGGCAGCAGCCUUUGCCAAGGGCCUGCUUGCUCUGGAGGGAGAGCUGACGCCCAUUCUGGUGCAAAUGGUGAAGAGCGCCAACAUGAACGGUCUCCUGGACAGCGACAGCGACUCUCUCAGCAGCUGCCAGCACAGGGUGAAGGCCCGCCUCCGGGAGAUCAUGCAGAAGGAUGCCAAGUUCAGUGAGGAGGACUAUGAGAAGCUGGCACCAACCGGCAGUGCCUCGCUCAUCAAGUCCAUGGAAAUCAUCCAGAAUCCUGUGGAGGUCUGUGACCAGGUCUUUGCCCUGAUCGAGAGCCUUACCUGCCAGAUCCAGAAACACUUGGAGGACCCUAAGUUUGCAGACCUCCAGCUUUACCACAGUGAGACACUGGAGCUGAUGCUGCAGCGCUGGAAGAAGCUGGAGCAGGAUUUCCGCCUGAAGAACAGGCGCUACGACAUCAGCAAGAUCCCAGACAUCUAUGACUGUAUCAAGUACGACGUGCAGCACAACACCUCCCUCAAGCUGGAGGGCACUGGGGAACUCUUCAGGCUCUCCAAGGCUCUGGCGGACAUCGUCAUCCCCCAGGAAUAUGGGAUUAACAAGCAAGAGAAGCUGGAGAUUGCAGUUGGCUUCUGCCUGCCUCUCAUCAAGAAGAUCCAGCUGGACCUCCAGAGGACCCAUGAGGAUGAGUCAGUGAACAAAUUGCACCCCCUGUAUUCCAGAGGGGUCUUGUCUCCGGGGCGCCAUGUCCGAACGCGCUUGUAUUUCACCAGUGAGAGCCACGUCCACUCCCUCCUCAGCCUGUUCCGCUAUGGGGGCCUUCUGGACGAAUUGAGAGAUGCCCAGUGGAAGAGGGCCAUGGACUACUUGAGUGCCAUUUCGGAGCUGAACUACAUGACUCAGAUUGUGGUCAUGCUCUACGAGGAUAACAAUAAGGACCCCUCUUCUGAGGAGAGGUUCCACGUGGAGUUGCAUUUCAGCCCGGGAGUGAAGGGCUGCGAGGAGGACGGCAGUGCCCCGGCGGGCUCUGGGUUCCGCCCUGCGUCAGCAGAGAAGGAAGCCAAGAAGCCUGAGCAGGGGAGCCUGGGCAGUGUGGCCAAGGCGCAGGGGACUGAUGAGGCAGACCAGGCCCAGCAGCAGCUGUCCCCGCAGCCUGCAGAGCUGGUCUCCGUGCAGCGACGAUCGCCUUUGAUCCGCAACCGCAAGACUGGCUCCAUGGAGGUGCUGUCCGAGUCCUCGUCCAAAGCCGGAGGAGGGUAUCGCCUCUUCUCCUACUCCAGACACUCCUCGGAAGUGAAGCAGAGCGGCUUAGGGUCACAGUGCACGGGGCUCUUCAGCACCACGGUCCUCGGAGGCUCCUCCAGCGCCCCAAACCUCCAGGACUACGCUCGCAGCCAUGGGAAAAAGUUUGCCUCCGGCUUUCUGUACAAAGAUGAGCUCUUGUCUAUGCCAGCUGUAAAGCGGUUUUCUGUGUCAUUUGCAAAGCAUCCAACUAAUGAUGAGCUGGAAGGCGAGUGCCUUGCCCGGCUGCUGCAACGUUUCCCCUCUGAUUUUGCCACAAGCCGAAACCUCUCUCUGGAUGCCCCCCUGGCUCGCCAUCUCCACCAGUGCUCCUACCACCUGCGCCUCUUCCGGAAGUGGCUGGUCUCUGGUCAGGGUGAUCUGGAGAGCCUUGACGGCUUUGAGGGCUGCUCCAUGGUGCCCAGCAUCUACCCCCUGGAGACGCUGCACAAUUCACUCUCUCUGCGCCAGGUCAGCCAUUUCCUGACAGGCCUCUGCAGGAGCUGCUCCAGCAGCACCCCCUCUGGAGCCCCCUCAGCAGCAGCAGCAGCAGCCCUGUUUGACUCCCUGGACAGCCAGGCUCCCCUUGGCGAUGCCUUCAUGCAGCAGCAAAUCUUGUCCUCCUCGUCUUUGCCGCUGCACCCCCGCUCGGACAGGCCCCCCUGGUACAGCAGCGGGCCCUCGAGCACUGUCUCCAGCGCCGGACCUUCCUCCCCAGCCCCGGUGGACAACUGCCCCCGCUUCAGCUUCUCCGAGAAGCCCCCCCUCGGCAAGGAGCGGCGGCUCAGUGGUCAGCAGCAGCAGCUUCCCGGAGAGGGGCCAGAGGGGGCGUGUGGCGGCAGAGCCUGGAGAGAGGCCUCAGGAGAGGGGGGCCCAGGGCCUUGGGAGCAGACCCUGGAGCAGGCCUUGCAGCAGAUGGGAGCAGCGGCGGAGCCCCCAGAAGGGCUGGGAGGGGGAGAGGAGGAAGAGGAGAUGCUGCCGAGCCCAAAAGCGGAGUUCUUUCCUGCGGUGAUAGACACUUCGGAGGGGCCUCAUGGAGGGGCAAGUGGACAGGACCCACCUGGCAGAUUGCCUGACGAGGAGCUGGCUGGCAGGGCCUCUGGCCAGGGCCUGGAAGCAGCUCUGUUGAGCCCCCUUCUUCCCCCUGGGGAAAGCAGCUAG